AUGGAUAAUUCUUCUGCAAGUCAUCUACUUUUCUUACUAUGGUUCUUUGCAGCAACGUUCAGCUUCUGCAAAGGAAACUCAAAUGUCUCUUGCAAUGAAAAAGAGAAACAAGCACUUCUAAUCUUCAAAAGAGGUCUCACUAAUUCUGGGAACACACUCUCAUCCUGGUCUGACCAAGAAGACUGUUGUAGAUGGGAAGGAGUUCUUUGUGACAACAAAACCGGUAGAGUUAGAGAGCUCCACGUUGGUGAUCUCAACUUACAAGGACUGAUUCCUCAUCAGCUUGGAAAUCUUUCAGGCCUUCACUAUUUGGAUUUUGGAUUUAACCCUGGCCUUUAUGUGGAUAGUCUUCAUUGGAUGUCUAGUCUCUCUUCCAUGAAACACCUUCACAUGUCCUUUGUUGACCUUCACGCAGCAUCUGAUUGGCUUCAAAUAAUGAGUAGGCUUCCAUCUCUUUCGGAGCUACACUUGGAAUUUUGUAAUCUUGAUAGCCUAAAUCCAUCUCUUGGAUUUGUCAAUUUCACGUCUCUUCUAGUCCUUGAUCUUUCCUAUAAUCUUUUCAAUCAUGAGAUUCCUAAUUGGUUGAUCUCUAAUAUCAGUGCAACCCUCUUACAGCUUGAUCUGAGCAGCAAUUCACUGAAAGGCGAGAUACCGCAUGGCAUCUCGAAUUUUCAAAAGUUAGAAAUUCUAGCAUUGGGGGAAAAUCAUCUAACUGGAAAUAUUCCUGAGUCAAUUGGGCAACUUAAGCAUCUAACAGUGCUUGAUCUCCAAAUUAAUUCUUUUAGUGGUCCUAUUCCUUCAUCCCUUGGGAAUUUAUCUUUCAUGUGGGAAUUAAUCCUCUCUGAUAAUCAGUUAAAUGGCACUUUCCCAAAGAGUCUUGCACUACUCUCAAAUUUAAAGUUCUUAGUUAUUGGAAACAAUUCCUUAACAGGCAGUCUAGAUGAAGUGCUUUUUACCAAAUUUUCAAAAUUAAAGGAUCUAGAUGUGUCUCAAACAUCCUUGUUCUUCAAUGUCAAUUCCAAUUGGGUUCCUCCUUUCCAACUUGAAAAUGCUUUCAUGAGCUUUUGCAAGAUUGGACCUAACUUUCCAGAAUGGCUAAAAACACAAAGGUCUCUUGAGAUUUUACUAAUGUCCAUGUCAGGAAUUUUGGGCAAGGCUCCUAGUUGGUUUUGGAAUUGGACUUCAAAUGUUGAUCUCAUCGAUCUCUCUGGCAACCACAUAGAAGGCGAUGUAUCUGACAUCUUGCUGAAUUCUAGGAUCUUAAAUCUAAAAUCUAAUCACUUGAAAGGUCAGCUGCCACAUUUGUCUGCAAAUGUCAAAGUACUCAAUAUAGCUAACAACUCAUUUUCUGGAUCUAUUUCCACUUUACUAUGCCACGAGGUGAAUAGAAUGAAUAAAUUAGAGGUUUUAGAUGCAUCAAACAAUCUCCUAUCAGGAGAACUUUCUGAUUGCUGGAGGUAUUGGCAGUCUUUGAUCCAUUUAAAUUUAGGGAGCAAUAAUCUAACAGGUAGAAUUCCUUACUCGAUGGAGUCUUUAGUUGUGCUCGAAGCAUUGCGUUUAAAUAACAAUAGCAUCUCUGGGGACAUUCCCUCCUCAUUACAAAAGUGCUCAAACUUGACGCUCAUUGAUAUAGGUGAGAAUCAUUUUCCAAUGACCAUACCACUUUGGAUUGGAAAAAUGCCAAGUCUUCAAAUUCUCCGUCUAAGGUCGAGUGGGUUCACAGGGCAUAUACCUCUACAAAUAUGCCAACUUUCGUCUCUUAGAAUAUUGGAUCUUGCUAAGAAUAACCUAUCAGGACCCAUACCAAAGUGUUUGAAUUUGAUCAGUGCCAUGGCAAUGCAGCCCAAUCCUGCAUACGGUACCUUUCUUGAGUAUUUUGAUGAUGUUAGCCCCUACUUUGACAGUCUUAUGUUGGUCCCCAAAGGAGUGGCAUUAGAAUAUGAAGGGAACGGGAACCUUGGAAUUGUUAGCAUAAUAGACCUUUCAAGUAACAACUUGUUUGGAUCAAUCCCCGUUGAAAUCUCAUUUCUUUCCAAAUUGCGUCUUUUGAACUUGUCUCAAAACCAUUUGAUGGGAAAGAUACCAGAAAAAAUUGGGACCAUGGAAGAGUUAGAGUCUAUUGAUCUCUCAAGAAAUCAUCUAUCAGGUGAAAUUCCUCCAAGCAUGUCUAAUUUGACAUUUCUUAGUUACUUGGACUUGUCAUACAACAACUUCUCAGGUAGAAUUCCUUUAAGCACCCAACUUCAGAGCUUUGAUGCACUUCGCUACACUGGAAAUCCUGAACUUUGUGGAGCUCCUCUUAGAAAAAACUGCACAAAAGAGCAAAAAUCUGAUGGUGAUACUCCACUGGGAAAAGCUGAAGACGAGUCUGAAACAUCAUGGUUUUACAUUGGGUUAGGGGUUGGAUUUGCACUAGGCUUUUGGGGAGUUUGUGGUGCUCUUUUCUUCAAGAGGACUUGGAGGCAUGCUUAUUUCCGGUUUGUCUAUGACAUGAAAGGUCAGGCCUAUGUGACUACAGUGCUGAAGGUGAACUGGAUUUGCAAAAAGUUUAAGAAGCUGACGCUUUGGUAGCAAAAGGCAUCGAUUCUUCAAUCAGGUGGCUCUGGUCCAUGCUUUCAAAGAGGCCUCAAAGAUUAGUUGGCAGAGCAGUUGUGACAAGUAUCGUUACCUCCUGAUCUUGUUCUAAAAUGUACUUGAAUAAGGACUAUGAUUCCAGCCUAUGACUGUUCGAACUAUUUAUGUAUGUAGUGGAAGUCAUUUCACUUUGCACCAGAAAG